UCCAUUGGCUCAUGCUCAUAUCCAAUUCUCUAUGCCCAAGUUUUAGAUUCCCACACGUCCAUAAAAUGGCAGCCAUUAAUUAAAGUCGGCAAAUUAUAUGCAUUUUUAUAUCCUUACGCCAUUAUUUGAGCCUCGUUCUUUGUCUUCCUCGACUUGGAUUACAAUCCCCGGUUCUUGUUCCUUCUUAAAGACGGUAACUUUCCCUUCUUGGGCUUCUCGUAGCCAGCAGCUUCUUCAAGUAUGUUUCCAGGUUUUGUUCUUACCCGAAUAGCCUUUGCUGUAAUUAUUAUUUGCAAAUGCAUUUGCAAAGGCUGACUGCUAGUGUUACUUCUCCCUUGCUGCCUUCACUAUCUAACGGACAUCGUUUGGAGCCACAAAUUAAAUGCCGUGGCUGUUGUGGUGCGGUUCGAAUUCCCACACGAAUUUGGCCAAGAGGACUUGGCUUGCAAUCACAACCUAUUGUUGGAAGACGUAGAAACCAAUGUUUCUCCGUUCUAUGUGCUGCUGCUGCUUUGAAUGCAACUUGCAGUGCAUCAGGGCAAACUCAAACCGUUACUUGGGAAGCACCAACGAUCACCCAAGCUCCUGUGACUUUCAAUAGUCCGCCAAAAUUUGUUUGAUGUAUUCCUUUGGAUUUUCUAGCGACUUCAGUCCCACGUGAAGUUUGAUUGUGGUUAGGAAGGUUACGGUGGGCUAAGUGAUUUUUUCUGGAAUAAUUGAAAGGGGUGAUAAUAGGCAUGUAUCACCUCAUGCUAGUUUUAGAAACUUAGCCAUGUUGUUUCAAUCCUAGCACUUUCAUACUCCGUCAGCUUUUGUAGGAUUACUGCAUGUAAGAAUCCAGAUGCUGCCCGUUCGCUUGAAGCAUCAACAAUGUUCCUUUUUCGGUUUCUAGUUUCUCUACUGCCAAUCUCUUUUAGCGAAAUUCUUAUUAGUGUGAUAAACAUAUGUCUCCAUCCUGGAUUUCACCAUGAGCUGCUGCCGAUUUUUAUAUUACUUUCUUGCUAAGUUUUUGUGUACUAUUUUCCCACCCAGGAGCUAGCUGUUAAAAAAACGUGAUGAUUUUAUUUUAUGAGACAAUGUAUAUGUUAUGAGUACAACGUAUAAGUUUAUGAGAAAAUGUAACUGGCUUAACAUGUUUUAUUGAAAUGCAGCAAAGGAGAAGUCGACGCAGCUGGAUGGCGGGGAUUCUGGAUUUCCACCUUGUGAUGAUGGUGGUGGAGGUGGCAGAGGAGGCGGUGGGGGCAACUGGUCUGGCGGAUUCUUCCUCUUCGGCUAGGCUUCUUUAAGGAUAAAGAAAGUGAAGAAGAUUAUCGCGGCAGUCGAAGAGGAUGAGAUAGGCUGCUAAAUUGAAAACAUUUUUGGAACCUAUUGCAUAUUGCUCUCCAUACUGUAUUAUUUUUUAGAAUGGAAUUUACCUGUUGCUCUCUCUUAA